AUGGCUGCAUUGACGUUGUACCUGACAAGCUCGCGAAUGGCUUGUUCAAGGCUUCCACUCAGUGUGUGGAAUAUUGGGUUGUUACUCAUUGCGCGCUGGUUGGGGUUUUGCUGUGCUCAAGACUACUGCAUCAACGGCGGCCGAGCUCUAUACAAUGGUGCAUGCUACAUUUUUGCAGAUCCAGGCGUCAGCUGUACCGAUAAAUGCGUUGUGGAAGGAGCGCCUUGUAAUGAGGAUGCAUUAGAGCUGACCAACGAGGAGUGCGAAGAAGUGCUAAAUGCCCUAGGUGUCAUCUUAUAUGCCCAAACCAUCUCGGAUUGGUACUUCAACUUUGGCCCGGACACGUCUCAAGGUAGCUUCCAAGCUUCGCUGCACUGGCUAUCAUCAGUUUUCGACGAAAACUACAGAAUCGUUGAUGUUGACGAUCGUCCAUACCUCACGGCGGGAUGUUUAGUGAGUCCCACAUUCGACGCCGUGGACCAGGCUAGUGCCACAACGAGCGCGAGUCUCACAGCAAAUGUUAACGCAGAUGCUUUGGAUGCAGCCGAGGCCCACAACUUUGGGACGAGGCGCACACCGACAUGUGAUGGUGGGGAGAGUCCGCUUUACCGAAGAGUGUGCUCAUGUUUUUUCACGGCACCAUCUAGUACGCCGUCCCCUACAACGUCCCCUACGACACCAGCCCCCACUCCUGGUCCGACAUCACCAUCUCCAACACCAUCGCCCACACCAUCGCCCACACCAUCUCCCACACCGACUCCAACAUCACCACAGACAACGCCGCACCCAACUCCUUCAUCACCCAUGAUCGCAGCGGGUUACUGGCGUACGAGCGAAGCAUCCACGGAUGUACGAGUGUGCCCGAUCCCUGACUUGUGUAUAGGCGGGGUCGGGGGAGGGGACGACAUUUGCCUCGGAGACAACACAGGGCCCUACUGUCUCGUGUGCCCGACUUCGCAUUAUGUAUCUGUGAAUGGUGUGUGUCUUGAGUGCAAAUCAUCUAGCGGCGCGACGGCUGCCGAAAUCAUGGGGAUGGUCCUGGGCAUGUGUCUGCUGCUAGGGGCGCCAACAUUUGUUGGGUCGGCCAACCUUCAGGCUCACGCAAUUGGUAACGGCGGUGCCGUUCAGAAAACCUCGUCUCCGCUCAAUGCGAGCACGGUUCAACAGCCUACCACCAAAAGGCUCCGGCAGAAACUACUUCAGGUGGAAACGUUUGUGGCAUUUCUUCGACAUGACGUCCUGCGCACCUUGCCCGAGCGGGUUGAUCCGCAGGUGCAAGACCUCUUGGUCACUGUCGAAAUGUUUACCGUGAAGCUAGUCAGGCUUCUAUCACGGACACCAUAUCCAGACACAGCUCCUGGAAUGAAGAAGGUCGUCAUGCGAUCGGAAUUGCUCUGUCCUGUCAUCGACCAGCUAGCUUCUGCUCUUGCAGGCUUGUCGGGGGCUGCAUCAGGAGAACAGGCUACCGUCGUUUUGCAGAUCAGGUCUUCUCUGGUGACUGCGAGGGCGCUCGACCCAUCUGCCUGCCUUCCGAAUCUGCCAAUGAGUCAUGCUGCGAACGGCGCAAAAGUGGUACUGUCAUUUGCUCAAGUUGUUGCUACCACUCCCUUAGUGCUGGUUGUGAGGCGUUCAAACACCCUCCGAUCCUUUCUAGGAGGGCUGGACAUCGUGAACUUUACCGUUCCGAAGGCUUUUUCUGCGACGUGCUUGGUACACGGUACCUUCUACGGUGAACUCGUUUUUAAAACUAUCGCACCGCUGGGCGUGGCCGUCGUGAUCAUGGGUGUUCGCUCAUUCCUUCGCUCCAGCUGGAUCACCGACGGUCGUACAUGGCGAGGCCGAUCAAUGAAGUGCAACGAGUGCCUCCUCGCACUUACUUACCUUGUGCUGACUCCUGCCAUAAACGCGGCUCUCAGGACACUUUCUUGUGAGUCGUUCGAUGACGGCCGCACGAUGCUGCGGGCGGACUACUCCAUAGACUGCAAUGAUGCAGAGCAUCCGAAGUACCGAGCAUUAGCAGUCAUCAUGGCAGUGGCGUACCCGACCGGCAUUCUUGCGCUGUACUCUGGCGUGCUUUGGAAACAUCGCCAUCUGUUAUAUCCUAGCGAGAUACACGGUCGGCCUAAAGGAGAUGACGCAAUUGCUGAGGAGGCUAAACGGGCCAACGCACUCGCGCUUCAGCCAUUUGCGCUUCUGCACGAUGCAUACGAACCUCGAGCUUGGUGGUACGAAAUAUUUGAAACCUGCCGUCGGAUUCUGCUCGCCAGCCUGGUUUUCUUCGCCACGAGAACAUCCAUGCAGCUGUGGAUAGCAAUGGGUUUCACGGUGCUCAGCCUUGUCAUGAACGUGGUGUUCAGCCCGUUCGUGGAGACCAUGCAUGACUCUCUAUAUUCCAGCGCGCAAAUAUCGGCUUUCGUGGUGUUGGCUUUGGCGUUGAUGGCAGAGGCAGAAGAAGACCGUGGGGACGACGAAACACCUCGAUUGCUGACCUCGGUGAUGACCGUGGUGAUGGCCGGUUACGUUGUUGCGGCGCUCGGGGCGCUCAUGAUGCAGAGGGGAGCCCGAACACCGGACGGAAUACAGCUUGAUUGUGUACCUCGAGGGGAUCCACUGGGCGUCAGUGUGGACGAAAGCAACGAAGAACACCGACCAAGAUUGCCUCCACUAGAAACAACACCAGUUCAUCGUGUCGGAACCAGCGUCGAGUUCGAAACCCUGUUAUGUUCGCCUCUAGGGAGCAGAGACGAGGAGAUUCGCAGCAAAACGACAGAAAACGAAACGCACAAGAGCAUAAGCAGUCCAACGAGCCUCUCACAAGCACAAAGCCGUCGCACUCACAUGGAGUGCUGUGCCCGAAGGAAGCAAGACCAUUCUGCGCCCGCGACAGUGGAGGAUGCAUAUCUACGUGCGAAGAAGAGCGCCAGAGCUCGAUCACUGGCGGGUAUCAACAUGAGAAGGGCCACCGUAGCUCUGGCGGAUGACGACGAACCCUGCAGGGAAGACUGCAUUCAACCAGGGGAGCCCAACGUAU